UCUCUCUGCUGCAUGGUCUCGGCGGCCCAAAGGCCCCGGCUCCCACCCCCCACCCCCGGUCCCAGCCUCCGGCUCUACCCACGCCCUCCUCCCGCCAGCCCGGCAGCCAGCGCAGCGCCGGGCCUCGCUCUCCGUGCGUCCUGCGGGGGUGGAGGCGCGGAGAGGCGGCAAGCGCAGCCGGGGAGUGGGGGGGGGGCAGAGGCACAGACAGAGACGCGGAGGCUCGGGGAGAGAAGACGUGGAGGGAGGGACGGAGCCUGGACAGCGGUGGACACGGCCUCGCGCACCGGGCAGAGCGCAGCGCACAUCAGGGGCCGAGUGCCGGGCACGAAGAGGGACGGCCCGGGUGGUCUCCGGCCGUCCAUGCACAGAGCGCCUUCUCCCACAGCUGACAAGCCAUCGGGCGGAGGGGACAGCGCCCGCCGGACCCCGCAGCCCAGACUCAAGGCAAGUGCCCGAGCCAUGGCACUGCCUCGGACGCUGGGGGAGCUGCAGCUGUAUCGGGUCCUGCAGCGUGCCAAUCUCUUAUCCUACUACGAGACCUUCAUCCAGCAGGGAGGGGACGAUGUCCAGCAACUGUGUGAGGCGGGUGAGGAGGAGUUCCUGGAGAUCAUGGCACUUGUAGGCAUGGCCACCAAGCCCCUCCAUGUCCGACGUCUGCAGAAGGCACUAAGAGAGUGGGCCACCAAUCCAGGGCUCUUCAGCCAACCAGUGCCUGCUGUGCCUGUAUCCAGCAUCCCACUUUUCAAGAUCUCUGAGACUGCUGGUACUCGGAAAGGGAGCAUGAGCAAUGGUCAUAGCAGCCCAGGGGAAAAGGCGGGCAGUGCCCGCAGUUUUAGCCCCAAGAGCCCCCUUGAACUUGGAGAGAAGUUAUCGCCAUUGCCUGGGGGACCUGGAGCAGGGGAUCCCCGGAUCUGGCCAGGCCAGAGCACUCCAGAGUCAGACGUUGGGGCAGGAGGUGAAGAGGAGGCUGGUUCACCUCCCUUCUCCCCACCUGCUGGGGGAGGAGUCCCUGAGGGGACUGGGGCUGGGGGAAUGGUAGCAGGUGGGGUUGGGGGUGGUCCAGACCGACUGGAGCCAGAGAUGGUACGCAUGGUGGUGGAGAGUGUGGAGAGGAUCUUCCGGAGCUUCCCAAGGGGUGAUGCUGGGGAGGUCACAUCCCUGCUGAAGCUGAAUAAGAAGCUGGCACGGAGCGUUGGGCACAUCUUUGAGAUGGAUGAUAAUGACAGUCAGAAAGAAGAGGAGAUCCGCAAGUACAGCAUCAUCUAUGGCCGCUUUGACUCCAAACGGAGGGAGGGCAAGCAGCUGAGCUUGCAUGAGUUAACCAUCAAUGAGGCUGCUGCCCAGUUCUGCAUGAGGGACAACACACUGUUGCUUCGGAGGGUGGAGCUCUUCUCCCUGUCCCGUCAAGUGGCACGAGAGAGCACUUAUCUGUCCUCCUUGAAGGGCUCCAGGCUCCACUCUGAAGAAUUAGGAGGUCCUCCACUGAAGAAACUGAAACAGGAGGUUGGAGAACAGAGUCAUCCUGAAAUCCAACAGCCUCCCCCAGGCCCUGAGUCCUAUGCACCCCCAUACCGCCCCAGUCUGGAGGAAGACAAUGCCAGUCUGUCUGGGGAGAGUCUGGAUGGACACCUGCAGGCUGUGGGGUCGUGCCCAAGGCUGACGCCGCCCCCUGCUGACCUGCCCCUGGCAUUGCCAACCCAUGGGCUAUGGAGCCGCCACAUCCUGCAGCAGACACUGAUGGAUGAGGGGCUGCGGCUCGCCCGCCUCGUCUCCCACGAUCGCGUGGGUCGCCUCAGCCCCUGUGUGCCUGCGAAGCCGCCUCUCGCAGAGUUCGAGGAAGGGCUGUUGGACCGAUGCCCAGCUCCAGGACCCCAUCCUGCUCUGGUUGAAGGUCGCAGAAGCAGCGUGAAAGUGGAGGCUGAGGCUAGCAGGCAAUGAGAGUGGACUGGUGUCUUCAGAACCAGGACCCCGACUUCUGGCUCACACAGACCCCCGCACUCUCCAUCCUCGGAAUCUAGUCACUGUCCCAGAAGGAUCCUUCUGCUGCCCUUCUCCUGCCUCCCCACCUGCUCCAUGGCACAGGACCAUGGGGCUUCAAGCAAUAACAAGCAGGGGCCUGGCGAGAGGACAUAAGGAGGGUGCGUGGUGCACCCUCACCCCCCACGCAGGGACAAGGACUCUGCCUCCAGGGCAGCUGGGGUUCUUCCCCUCCCUCACACAACACUCCCAUUCCCUCUAAGUGGCCACCAGUGGUGUGAACAGUAGGAUGCAGUUUGGACAUUGGGGAAGGGAGAUUCCCUGGGAAGGUCCAGCAGCUAAAAAUGGCAGUUUGGUUCCCCCCCAAACUGGGAGCCUAGGAAUACUGGACCUAUCUUACCCUCCCUGUCCCCAUUUUUGUGCUUCUAGUUUGUUUCUUUAAUUUAAUGAGUGCUGCAGUUUACCCACCUAUCCCCAUCUCUCUCCCCCAAGACCUCAGCAGUUCUUUUCCCUCCUGCCCUCUGGGGGAAGGUGGGUAGGGUUCCCUCUGCCAGCCCCUGGAAGACCUGGGUUGGACUUGGGGGUCUUCCAAAGCAGGGGCCAGACCGCAGCACCUGUCUGAGUACUUAGAGCGUCUUUCUUUUCAGAUUGUGUAUAGUAGAUUAUUUAUUUUGUUAUUUUGGAAUAAAAUUUAUUUUAUGGCUUAGGA